AUGAAUUUCUCGAGAACCAUCAGGCACCUGCAGGCACCUGCACUCAACAACAACAAAAUCAGAAUCACCAUGGAAAUACCUUCGCAGGACGACUCCAAAGAACUGAGUGAAGACUUUGGUGCAUUUCCAAGAAGGCUGCCUGAAGAUGUCGUGGAAUAUAUCGUAUUCAUCAUAGACUCGAAUCUCUCUGACACCCAGGUCAGAGAACGACUCCAAGCGUUCCAGCGCGCUUUGAACACUCUCGAGAACAAAUUCCUCAAAGAGUAUAUUUGGCAAAGGGAAGUCAUCAAACUCGGUCUUAUAAGAGAACACGGCCGGUGGCUACUCAAAGGAUCCACCAACUACGGCGAUAGCGUCGCCGAUGAAUGGCUCAUUGUAUAUUUCUUACGAGAGCUGAGCAAGGAGUUCAAAGACGCUUGGAUUCGAAUUUACGAUACAGACGGCGAGUUUCUGCUGAUCGAAGCUGCUAACGCCUUACCAAAUUGGUUGAACCCCGAAGUGGCUGACAACAGGGUUUGGAUAAACACCCAUCGGCUCCUCAUCAUACCCUUGCCUAAACAGGAGCACCCACAACCUCUGUCACAAUUAGAAGCACUGACUAUCAUACGGGAGACGCCAGCUCGCCCCCAGCGGUACCCCAAGAUUGAGAAAGAGGCGUUCCACAGACUGAAUGGAUACCCUACAGCAAUAUCGGAGAAUCAGCACCAUGCCACUCUACCCCUGCCGCGGAAGGUUGCAUAUAUCCUCCAUCACAACCCUUCCUACAUCUCUCCAAUUGUUGAGACUUUCUAUCUCCGAGAUCCUCUAUCAUUACGCCUACUUCAACCUGAGAAGUCCAAGGCGCAAGCCUUAUUUCCGCCAGAGGAUUUUGUAGAUGUCAGUGUCCGAUUCACAAAAGUCCUGUAUGCACAACUUCUUGGGCAAAAUUGGUCGCCUCCCACUACCCUAGGCGAGGCGCUCGAGAAGUUGCUUAAGAACAAGGUUCAGUCUGAAAAGGCCGAAAUCAGCAUCAAGAUCAUCGCAGGAAUAGAAAUGCUCGCCCGACAUAGCGUAUUCUCCGACAAAAAGGCUGCACGCGAGAUUAAUCUUUUGCUCGAAGAUUUGGAAAGCGGAGACGACAUUCUCCCCUCGGAUGCCGAGAUAGCCGCGUGGCCACAACGGGAGGAUGAUGAGAGCUGGCUUAACAUAGACUAUGAGGAGUUCGAGCGCGAGCUAGCUGGUAAGGGGAGCGGAACCGGAUUUGGGGAUAAAAAUGCUCAAGAUAACCUCAAAAAGAUGGUCGAGCGCUUCAACGCAUUCAUUGAAGAUGACAAAGCUGGAAUUGAUGGAGCUGGCGGAUUAGACCCAAUGGAUGUCGACGACGACUCUGACGCCGAGAACCGGACGUGGGAAGACCCUGAGGAUUCCGAUGAAGAAAAAGGAAAAUUCAAAGAAGAGUCCGAUGGCGAGAAUAGCGAAGAUGACCGGCGUGCCGACGAAGAAUUUUCAGAGUACGAAAAAGCCCACGAAAAGUUCAUGAUGCUACCCGCAGCAGAAAAAGCACUACUCCUAGACGAAGCACGCGAGCUUGCGAUUACGGAAGAAGCCGAACAAGAAGAGGACGAAGAAAUCCAAAAACUAUCCGAAAUGAUGGAAGCCGAGCUGUUCGGUCACGGCGCGCUUGACCUUGACCCCAAAGCUGCUAAGUCUGCCAAAGCCAAUCCUGGUGUGUCUACCAAGGACAAAGGGAAAGCCAAAGCAGUGGAAGAGCCAGAAGACAGUGACGACGACGAUGAUAUUCUGGAUGAUGAUUACAAUCUUGCUCAAAAUAUGCUCAAGGCUUUCAAAGGCCAAGCUGGGAUGGCGGGUCCAGCAGGAAACCUCAUGGGCAUGAUGGGCUUGCAAUUUCCCCCCGAUGCGGAUGAUGAACAUAAGCAGAUUGGGAAGGGAAAAGGCAAAGCACCCACGCAGUGA